AUGCCAUACCCAACCCGAGCUAAGAAAGAGAAGCAGGAAGAGGAGUAUCAGAAUUUUCUAGAUCACAUCAAGACUCCUCAAAUCAACAUACCAUUCACUGAAGCCGUCAUGCAAAUGCCCAAAUAUGCAAAGUUCCGUAAGGAACUUCUCACCAAUAGAAAGAAGAUGGAAGAAGUGCAGAAGGUGGUACUCAAUGAAAACUGCUCAGCUGCUAUGCUAAAUAAGCUACCAAAGAAGAAAGGCGACCCGGGGAGCUUGACCUUACCCAACCAAUUUGGCAACUUGACCAUCAUUCCUGCCUUAGCCGAUUCGGGAGCAAGUGUGAAUCUAAUGCCAUAUUCGUUCUUCAAGAAGUUGGAUCUCUCGGAACCAAGGCCAAUUCGCAUGGCAAUACACUUGGCAAACAAAACAGUCACCUUUCCAAGAGGCAUAUGCGAAGACAUACUAGUCAAGGUGGACAAAUUCGUCUUUCCCGCUGAUUUUAUUAUUCUAGACAUGGAGGCGGAUCCAUAA